AUGGAUUUUGUUUCUGGGUUACCAAGAACUGUGAAGGGACAUGAUUCGAUUUGGGUCAUAGUGGAUAGAAUGACCAAAUCAUCUCACUACUUACCAAUGAGAAAAACUUAUACAGUUGAUAAGCUAGCAGAAAUAUACAUACAAGAGAUAGUGAAACUACAUGGAGUCCCACUUUCGAUAGUUUCUGACAGAGACAGCAGAUUUUCAUCGACAUUCUGGAAGAAGUUACAAGAAGGCCUUGGGACAAGAUUGAAGUUCAGUAUCGCAAUGCAUCCUCAGACAUACGGUCAAACGAAACGCACUAAUCAGACCUUGGAAGACAUGUUAAGAGCUUGCGUGUUAGACUUUCAUAGAUCGUGGAGUAGAUAUCUUCCUCUGAUUGAGUUUUCUUAUAAUAACAGCUACCAGGCUGUUAAACGUUGUACAUAUUGUACGAUAAAAGUUGUUGAUAUUGGACAACCAAGUCCUGCAUCUCAUCCACAGUUAUUGAAAGGAGGGGAGCUUACGCCAGGUACAAGUUCUGAAGAAUAUGUUUUGAGGAGGAAAAAUUUCUUGGAGCUUCUUCCAGAGAAGGGCUUGGCUAUCAUUGCAGCUGCCCCUGUAAAGAUGAUGACGGGUGUCGUGCCUUACACAUUUCGACAAGAUGCCGAUUAUUUGUACAUCACUGGCUGCCAACAAGCUGGUGGUCUGGCUGUUCUAGGCCAUGAGUGUGGUUUCUGCAUGUUCAUGCCCGAAGCAAAUUCUCAUGAUGUUAUUUGGGAAGGGAAAACUGCUGGAGUUGAUGAGGCUUUGGAAAUAUUCAAGGCCGAGAGAGCAUAUCCAAAGCGCAAAUUGAGGGAGAUUCUGCCAGAUAUGAUGAAGAGCUCGUCCACAUUGUUCCACAAUGUCCGUACAUCCAUACCGGCAUAUAUGGAUUUGGAGCCCUUCCAAAAAGCAGCUUACCAUGGCAAGGUUAAAGAUGUUUCAGAUAUUACUCACGAGUUGCGAUUGAUUAAGUCUCCUGCAGAACUUAAGUUAAUGAGAGAAUCCGCCGCAAUUGGUUGCCAGGCGCUUUUGCAGACAAUGCUUCACUCAAAGACGUAUCCUUAUGAGGCUAUUCUAUCAGCAAAAGUUGAAUACGAAUGCAAAAUUAGAGGUGCUCAGAGAAUGGCGUUUAACCCAGUAGUUGGUGGUGGGUCCAAUGGAAGUGUUGUACAUUAUUCUCGAAAUGAUCAGAAAAUUAAAGAUGGGGAUCUUGUUUUGAUGGAUAUUGGAUGUGAGUUGCACGGUUAUGUUAGUGAUCUUACUCGAACAUGGCCACCCUGUGGUAGCUUUUCUUCUCCUCAAGAGGACCUUUAUGAGCUGAUUCUGCAAACGAACAAGGAAUCUUUGAAGCUCUGCAAACCUGGUGCUAGUAUUCAACAAAUACACAACUAUUCGGUUGCAAUGCUGCGCAAAGGACUCAAUGAGAUUGGAAUCUUGAAAAGUGAAGCAAGCCAUUCUUAUCAUCAGCUGAAUCCAACUUCUAUAGGUCAUUAUCUAGGAAUGGAUGUCCAUGAUUGUUCAACAGUCAGUUAUAACCGUCCUUUGAAGCCAGGUGUUGUGAUAACGAUUGAACCGGGAAUCUAUAUCCCAUCUUCUUUUGAUGGUCCAGAGAGGUAUCAGGGCAUUGGGAUAAGAAUUGAAGAUGAGGUCCUCAUUACUGAUUCAGGAUACGAGGUACUCACUGCAUCAGUUCCAAAAGAGGUCAAACAGAUCGAAUCCUUGCUAAACAAUUUUUCUUAUGGAAUGGAGGUUGGAAUGGACAGACGUAACAAUACGAGAGUUGCUUCCAAGUGAUCUUCUUCGUCAUGGAAAAUGAAUCCGUAAGCCUAGACUCAUGU